AUGUACGUCUACAACGGCAAGCUUGACUGGUUAGACUAUGCCAAGGACGAAUGCAUCACCAUCGUCUUCCCCGCCGGCUUCGCGCUGAAGGACCCCGUCUGUGCGUACUGGCAAUGGACGACGGACGCCGAAGGCAAUGAGAAGCGCAACACCUGCCAGCUCGGCUCUAUCACCACCGUCACCAAGACCGCUGACCAGUACAAGAUCACCAUUUUCUUCGACCACUCAGGCUACUCCUUCGACAGCGUCGUCGCCGCUGAUUUCAAGUCUGUGACGAUUACAAUGCGCAACCAAUCCGGGGAUACUUCCAGCGCUAUCACCCUGCAGGAACAGCUGUCGGACGCCUGCCGCGUGCCGUCCACCGAGGUGUUCACCGGAAAGCUCAACUGGUUCAACUACGCCGUCAACGAUAUGAUCACAUUCGUCGUGCCGCGCGGCGUUGCGGUCGGGGCGCCGGUGGGGCUGUACUGGCAGUGGACCGAGGACGCGAACGGCAACCUCAAGCAAAACAGGAGCGUGAACAGCACCUUCCGCGCGGUGUCCGCGUCCGGCGGGCAGACGACGGGCACGUUCGACGACGGCUACUACACAUUCGAGGCCACGAUCCUCAGCGACGACAAGAGCGCGACGAUCCACAUGCGCAACCCGAACGGCGCGUCCACAACGGUCGAGGCGCAGCACACCGAUUUCAGGCAGAUGCACCGCAAGAAGGCCCUCAUCAUCCGCUACGGAACGGGCAUCGACAACGGCAUCUUCUUCGUGCGCGACAUGCUUGUCGACCACCUAGGGUUCGACGCCGACGACGUCGAGAUGCUAUACUUCAGCGAAGAGCCUGCGGGCGCGCCCGGCGUGCUAUCCGACGGCCAGGCGGCCCCAAGCGCAUCCCGCUUCAAGGCGCGGUUCACCGACCUGAUUGCGGGAGCAGCCGCGGGCGACGUGCGCUUCCUGUACGUGGACACCCACGGGACGAUCCGCCCCGACGACGACAGCUCCGGGGAAGCGGACGACAUGGACGAGGGCUGGACCAUGGCCGAAGACGACGACGGGAUACGCAAGGAGGUCGUCUACGACGACUGGCUGGCAGACACCAUCCGUGCCAACCUGAAGCCCGGCGUGAACCUGACUAUACUCGCGUCGUCGUGCAUGGGCGGCGGGAUGCUCGACACGCACACCGCUACGCCAGGCGUCCUGCUCGCAGGCUGCCACGAGACGCAGUUCAACGUCAAGGCGCUGAAGACCAACGACGCCAGGGUGGACCCGUGGAUGUACGCCAUCGUGGCCACCAUCAAGAACGCCGUCAAGCGCAAGCGCGGCGUUCCCACAUACUCCUCGCUCUUCAACGACGCCAAGAAGUACAUCCGGAACCAGCUCGCCGGCGGGUCUAUCAGCGACAUCUACAAGGGUCCCAGCCCGAACGAGCUCGAACCCGUCCCGCGCGACCAGCCCUCGAACACGAGCCACCAGGACCCGCAGCUGAUUUUCUACAGCGGGUACCUCGACCCGGACGAGGAGCGCUUCCUCUUCCCGUUCGUCGCGGCGCGCAGCGGGGACGCCGAGGGCGAGAGCGUGCGCUUCCCGAGGGACCAGUAUGCGCAUGACGAGCUGUGA